UAGCCGGUGACGUCACGGGAGCAGCUCCGGUCCUUGUGCCCCCGGUCAGUCCCCCGGCGCUGCAGGAGGAGCGGAACAGGGUACGGGAUACGGAGCUCACGGAAAGACCGAGGCCGCCGCUUGGCUGGAGCUUGUCUCUGGGGAUACCGCCCCCCCAGCAGCCCUGUAGGCUCCUCCCUGCCCUGCCCCCUCCCGGGGAGAGAAACUUGCAGAGCUCCUGGCUCAGGCAGCAGUAGCGCGGAGCGGCGGCACAAGGAACUUUACCCGGGGCUGGCACGGCUAUGGCUGCGGGCAGACGGAUGUAGGAGAGCCGGGGGAUGAGCAGCGCACACAGGCACCCAAUGAGCGCUCCGCUGCCGGCACUGAUCCCGCACUGCUGAACACUAUGCGCUGCCACUAAGCCGAGGGGGCUGUGGUAGCCCGGGCAGCUUCUCUACUCGCCGCUGUCAACUUGCCCCUCUGCCCCCGCCCCCCCCCCCCCCCCCGCUCCUUGCACUUGUGUUGCCCCCGUAUCGGUACCCGCAGGCACCCAGCCGGGCUUGGGACAUUAUGGCGGGGAAAGCAGCUGCUCCAGGGGUCGGGAUCCUGCUGGUCACAGCCAACGUGGGGACACUGUUUGAUGAUACGGAAAACUUGCAGAAGAACUGGCUUCGGGAAUUUUAUCAGACUGUCCAUGCACAGAAGCCCCAGUUCUUGUCUUUGCACUGUCAAGAGGUUGGUGGGAAAAAUUACGAAGCUUCCAUGGCUCACGUGGACAAGCUAGUCAAGGACCUGCUCUCCAGCGACGCCAUGAAAGAGUUCAACAGAGCCCGAGUCUAUCUGGAUGAGAACUACAAGUCCCAGGAGAACUUCACAGCACUGGGAAGCUUUUACUUUCUUCAUGAGUCUCUAAAGAACGUUUAUCAGUAUGACUUCAAAGCAAAAAAGUACAGAAAGGUUACUGGCAAAGAGAUCUACUCUGACACACUAGAAAGUACUCCGAUGCUAGAAAAGGAGAAAUUUCCCCAAGAGUUUUUCCCGGAGAGCAAAUCAUCUAGGAAAGGCUUUAUUCGAACAAGAUGGUGUAUUACUGACUGUGCCUUCGACUUGGUGAACAUUCAUCUUUUCCACGAUGCUUCCAAUGUAAUUGCUUGGGAAUCCAGCCCAUCUAUCUACUCAGGAAUACGACAGAAGGCUCUUAGUUAUGUACUCAAUAGAUUCUCUGGAAUGCAGAGAGACAUGAAGUCCCAGAAUCCAUCACUUCAACAUGGAACAAGUGUUACUGACCAUCGAUUUGAAAAAGUUCCCUUCUUUGUCUUCGGAGACUUUAACUUUCGACUGGAUUUAAAAUCGGUGGUCGAGACGCUUUGUGCAAAGACAACAAUGCAGACCGUCCAUGCAGCAGACACCAAUGCAGUAGACAAGUUGGUUUUCCGAGAAUCCGAAAACGACCGCAAGGUUGUGUUACAAAUAGAAAAGAAGUUAUUUGAGUAUUUUAAUCAAGAGGUUUUUAGAGAUAAUAAUGGCACUGCGCUUUUAGAAUUUGACAAGGAGCUAUCGGUCUUCAAAGACAGACUGUAUGAACUGGACAUUACGUUUCCCCCCAGUUACCCUUACAGUGAAGACAGCAGUCAAGGAAAGCAGUACAUGAACACAAGAUGUCCAGCUUGGUGUGACCGGAUUUUAAUGUCCCAUUCUGCUAAGGAACUGCUUCUAAAGUCUGAAAACGACGAGCGGAUUGUGUUGUACGAUCACAUCGGGCCAAAUAUCUGUAUGGGAGACCACAAGCCUGUCUUUCUGUCCUUCCGAGUAGCCACCGGGGCAGGGAAAAGGUGCCAGCACAAUGAAAAGAUCUAUCGGGAGACAACUUUGUGAGGAUGCCAACGGCGCAGACUUCUGCACAAUCAGCAAAAGCGAGUCCUUGCAGCCACAUUUGUAAAUUGCGGAUCAUCCACUAGGCUUCAAUAUCCCAGCUCCCGACGAGUCUCACAUACCUCACUUUCUUGUACAGUCGUAACAUCCAGUAGAAACGUGGACAUUUUGUUUUUAGAUAUCACAGAUGUGUUGUGUUGCCAAAACGCUAUCAGAUCAUGCAUAUCAGAUAGACUCCAUCUUGUUUCUGUGAAAACCCCGACAGAAAUGGAGACCUACCGUUGGCUUCCAGACCAUCCCACCAUGGUGCCCAUCAACCACUUUAGGAGUUCACAACAAGGUCCAGGAUUCUGGCCCUGAAGAAGCACAACAGUCUUUAGAGUGAAUUGUAAAAGUGAAAUGUUAUCCCCAUUCAGGGGGACACAAUAGGCCCGAGUUUGAUUCCUGAUAUUUCCAUAAUGGUGGCAUCUCUACAUCACUUGGUCUUGGUCUGUAAGGAAGCACAGAGCAAUGUUUAGGGGGAAUCUUACAAUUGAAAUGCUGACCCAAUCAUAGGGCUGAUAGGAUUCCUAUCAAUGAAAUUUUUAACGCUUACACUUUUUACAGGGUUCCUUAAAGAAUUAAACUCUAAUUUAGCAAAAAAAAUAGAGGUCAGUAUGGGCGGGGAUUAUAUGCAUGGGAUAAUCAAAUCAUGACAGUUGUUAAUGUCUUCUCAUUGUUGACCGAGACCUGUGUCCCUUAUUUUAGAUUAGACAGGGGUGUAGUGCAAUAAUCUUCAUCAUCAUCAUCAUCAUCAUCAUCAUCAAUGGCCGUAUAGAUCAGUAGCCACUGAGCAAUGAUGGUGACAGCUGCCACGCUCUAGAUACCCCACCCCCCCACGUCCCCCAUUUAUUUUUUUUAGAGUAUUUUUAUCCGUUCCAUGUUAUCUACUACACUGCCAUGUAACAUGGGGUUUGUUUUUUGUUUUUAUUUUGAAUCACACAGCAGCUGCUUCUCGUUUUUUAUAUAAAAAAUAUAUAUAUACUUUUUAAAGAAAAAAAAAUAAUUUAUAAACCUUACCAAAACCUAUGCUAAGUAUUCUUUCCAGUAUGGGGCUUGAGUGCCAUAUCAGUAACGUGCAUUCAGGAGUAGCAGUUUUAGAUAAACGUACAUCAGCAACCAAAAUUUCUAUAUAUAUAUAUAGCCUUUACGUCUUUGUCCUCCAUAGAGAUAUUAUAUCCUAUUCAAUACAAUAAGUAUAUAUAUUAGCAGUUUUCACUUUGUUACUUACUAUAAAUUAUUUCUAUGUGACAUUAAGGACUGAAUGUGAAGUUUCUAGAUAGGCUUGGGUGUAUCUUUUAAGGAUUUUUUGUAACCUGUUUUGUCGGUCUUUUUGUUAAUGUAUAAUGGUGCCAAGUAUUCUAUAUACGCAGUGAUGACAUGGGAGACAUAGCAUAGAGUAGUUUUUCACAUGGACUUUUUUGAUCAGUGUUUUAGCACAAGGAUUUCCAACCUGCUGCCUUCCGAUUGUUGUUGAACUACAAAACCCACCAUCGUUUGAAAAGCAGAGGUGGUUGGGUGAUGGCGGGCAGGCCCGAACUGGCAGUCUGUAGGUUCUGGCAAAUGCCAGAGGGGCUGCUGUAAGAUGCCAUAGACACUCACUAUUUAUUGGGCCUAUAGGGGGCUGUUUGGGCCUCUGUUCAUUGAAAUUCCAUGGCCUAUUGUGUAUCCCAGUGAUGCCGGAGACCAUAGUUCCUCAGUAUUGGCGGGUGGGGCUGCACGUUGGAAGUCCUUGCCUUCGCAUAACCUAUACCUGUUUGCAGUGAGUCGAACCUCUAGCUUAGCACUGUGCCGAUGCUCUUGCCCCCAGAGUAGAACAUUAAAAGGUGAUUAGAGAGAGUCUGUUGAUGAAACACAAACGGUUCUUUUAUUGAUUUCGUUUAGAACACUACCGAGUUCAUGGACUAUGCGACGGCAUUAGAAUGGCGCUCAAUUUUUCGGUUUCAAUCACUACGUUUGGGAAUGAUUUUUCUUUUUUUUUUUUCUCGUCCGCUUGCAGAACAUGGACUCUUAACGAAGCAAUCUGAUAUCAUUCAGCUUGUCUCAAAGAGAGGGCUGCUCUGUUACCGUGCCAUGUCCUUUUUUUGUAAUCUAAGCACACGGUUGUGUUUAUGUACAUGGAGAUUCCACUCGGGGUUAUGUCUUGAUCACCUUGGGACAAUAUGGGCCCCCUGUGGUUCUCAACUUCAAGCAAUAAAACUGUUCAUUGUGAAAUCA